UGAAUUUUGAAAGUUUAACAAGAAAAGUCGUACCUGGGAGUCGAACGUGAGACAUCCAACGUAACGGAUGCACUCUACACUGAUAUCAUAUAUAUGCAGCAUUAUUAACUACACUAUGAUAAUUAUAAAUAAUAAUCAUUACUCUUAAUCCAAAUUGUCGGUUCAAUUCGGUGCUAACCGAUUUUUUGGUAGUGUUGACCAAAUUUGAACCAUGUUUUUCUCGGGUCCCAAAUUACAUAGGUUUGAUUUGGGUUUAUCAAUACGGUUCGGGUUUUUCGGUUCAACUUUCAUUUUUCGGUCCAAAAUGUCAGCCCUAGUUUCAAUAGCUUGAUCCUUGGGGCGGCCAUUAUCACUCCCAGACUCCCUACAUGCUCUGCAGAACAAUAAUUAAUUCACAUAAUUUUUUACAUUUUUUAACGGUGUUAACCAAACUUAGGGUGGGCAUUGGCCCCCUCUACCAAUGUUGUUGCCACUCCGGCACUCCCUAACAUGGUACUCAUAGUCUCAUAGUCCCAUUUUCAUCACUUAUUUGUGUGGUGCAGCUGGCCAUAUACACCAUCCGAACUUGGUCACUUACUGUGAUGGAGAAUGUGAAAUCACUUGUUGGCAAGUCGGCUCCCCCAGAAUAUUUGCAGAAAGUGACGUACCUAUGUUGGAACCAUCACAAAUCCAUACGCCACAUAGAUACUGUCAAGGCAUACACCUUCAGUUCCAACUACUUUGUUGAAGUUGACAUUGUCUUGCCUGCAGACAUGCCCUUGAAAGAGGCACAUGAUAUUGGAGAGUCCUUGCAAGAGAAGUUGGAAUGGCUACCUGACAUCGAGCGUGCCUUUGUUCAUCUUGAUCAGGAGUUCAGCCACAAACCAGAACAUGCACAGACACAUCUCUAGUGUAAAAAAUGCUUCUAUCUUCUUCUACCUGAUUUCUUAGUCCCAACUCCCGACAUCUAUAUUUGUCCAGAGUUUGGGGAUUUCACUUUGGAGAUCUGAUUCCUUUAGCAUAAAACCUGUAGGAGACAAUUAGUUGUCA